AUGGCAUCCUCCAAUGGUGGUGUGCCGCCGGGAUUUAGGUUUCAUCCGACGGAUGAAGAGCUUCUUCAUUACUACUUGAAGAAGAAGGUCUCCUUUCAGAAGUUUGACAUGGAUGUUAUUCGAGAGGUCGACUUGAACAAGAUGGAGCCUUGGGACUUGCAAGAAAGAUGUAGAAUUGGAUCGACUCCACAAAACGAAUGGUAUUUCUUCAGUCACAAGGAUAGAAAGUACCCUACAGGUUCAAGGACAAAUAGAGCAACGAAUGCAGGGUUUUGGAAAGCAACAGGGAGAGACAAGUGCAUUAGGAACAGCUACAAGAAGAUUGGAAUGAGAAAAACUCUUGUGUUUUACAAAGGAAGAGCCCCUCAUGGACAAAAGACUGAUUGGAUCAUGCAUGAGUACCGUCUAGAAGAUGGCAAUGACCCUCAAGGAAGUGCCAAUGAAGAUGGGUGGGUGGUGUGCAGAGUGUUCAAGAAGAAGAAUUUAUACAAGAUUGGAAAUGAAGGUGGCUCUACACAUAACCAAGAUCAACAAAUGAACAAUUCCUCAAGCACUAAUGGACGCUCCUUCGUACACAGAGAGAAUCAUUACUUACAACACCAACAGCAAAAUCCAAGGAACUCAUCAGGGCUUGAGCUUGAUAAGCCUGAGCUGGCUCUCCAUUACCCACACUUGCAAAAUCCCCAAUACUCACUCUUCCAAUCCCAGCCUCUUUUUCAGGCCCAAAAACCCAUGGUUUAUGAUUAUUCAUAUGCAUCGUCUCUACCUUCAGACACGCCUAUCAUGGCAAAGCAACUCAUGGCAAACCCUAGGGACUGUGAGAGCGGGAGCGAUGGCCUAAGAUACCAAGUUUCGGAGUCUGGAAUGGAAGUUGGAUCGUGUGAACCAAAUCAAGAAAUGGGUGGCGGAAGAGGCGAAGGAAUAAACGAAUGGGGUGUUCUUGAUAGGCUAGUUACCUCUCAUCUUGGAAACGAAGACUCAAACAAAGGGGUGAGGUUUGAGGAGGCAAAUCCACAAGCUGUGCAUCAGAUCAACCAGCUUUCAUUACGGGGAGAAAUGGACUUCUGGGCCUAUGGAGGAAAGCAAUGA